GUCCCAGAGGACAGUAGUUCGUGUUGAAAGACAACCAUGAAAGCGAUCGUAGUGUUGGCAUUGUGCGUGGCCGCCGUAGCGGCGUUGACCGAAGAGGAGGUUUGGCUGCAGUACAACCGUCGCAUGCCGGGAGAGUUCCACACCAAGGGCAUGCCGGCGAGUCCGCCAUACCAGGGAAGAAUCGUCGGCGGUGUUGAGGCCGACAUUGCCAACUACCCGUACCAGCUGUCGCUGCGCCGUGUCUCGCACAGCUGCGGUGCGUCCGUGAUCGCGACCCGGUGGGCCCUGUCCGCCGCUCACUGCACGUUCCCACUGCCGGCACCGACCGCAAUCACUCUGCAGGGCGGCAGCUCGAACCGCACCUCAGGAGGAGUUAUCUUCACCGUGGAGGAGAUCAUCAACCACCCGGACUACGAUGACUGGAAUCUGCGUAACGAUGUGUGCGUCCUGCGUACCACCGCCGAUCUGGUUGGCCUGAACAUUGCUCCGAUUGCUCUGGAUCCUGCUGGUGCCAGUCAUGCUGCCGGUUCCCGUGCCGUCCUCAGCGGCUGGGGUCUUGAUGAUAACCGAGUACUCCCACAAAUUCUCCGCCGUAUCGACAUUCCUGUGGUUGAUCAGGCUCAGUGUGUCUCGGCCUGGAAUCCAGGAUGGGUUACCGAUGACAUGAUCUGCGCCAGCGAACCCGGCCGUGAUGCAUGCAACGGUGAUAGCGGUGGCCCUCUGGUUGUGGGCGGACAGCAAAUCGGUAUUGUCUCGUGGGGCGAUUCUCAGUGCGUCGCUACCUUCCCGGGAGUGUUUGCUCGUGUCGCCUUCCCACUGAUCCGCAACUGGAUCAACCAGGUUACCGGUGUUUAAAGAGAUUUGACUGGAGAUUAAGUUUCGGAUUAAAGUUUUGAGAUUCUUGUAUAUAACAUAA